CUACUUGUCUCGUUUUUGGAACUCAAUCGUUCGAGUUGCCAACGAAAAUCAAUUUAAGCCUGUAUUAAAUAUUAUUGUAUUCGUUUUAAUCCGCAUUUGAUAGUAUUAAAGCAUCGAUACUUUUUACCGCCGUUUCAAAUGAAAGCAACGCUAAAUUGCGCCCAGCGCCGUUAUGACAAUUUUUAGUACAUUUUGUUGCAAAGGAUAUAUCGCUAGCAAAUGUCCUGUGGCCCACACGUGAAGGUGAAGCUCCGAAAAUUUUUAGUCUUCAGUGCGUGUCCCAACAAAUUGGCAAUGGCAAUGGCCCGGCGGCAGUUCUACUUCAGUAAAUACACAAAUUUUCACAAAAAUCACAUCAAACUGUUUGCUGUUUAUAUGAAAACGGCAAAUCUAAUGCAAAACUUUAACGUGCUCAAGCGUUCGCUAUAAGCAGCCGAAGGUGGUGGAGGAGGAGGACGGGCGCUGCCGCUGUCGACGCUUACGCUCUGACGCUGACGCUGACGCCGCCGCCGCCGCCUGGACCACCCACCAAUACAUUUACAGCACUUUUUACGGGCUAAGUGUGUGCGUGUGCGUGUGCUAAAAAGUUGUUAGUGUUAUUUCAAUUACAUCAAUUAUUAUGCGACUUGCGGCGUAAGCAACAAGCCAAACAAGUGUUUGAAAGCAGACGAACCUUAAAAAUUGCCUACAAUAAUUUAUGAAAAAUUUCAAAACAAACUAACUAACAUGGCUUAACGUAGGCGUGUCUGCUUAUUGGUCGCUGUUGCUGCACAAUUAAACCAGCUAGUUACGACACUCGGCAAAUUGUGCUCAAAUACGGACGGCAAAA